CGCCUAGCUCAUUGCUGCGUUAAUGGCGUAACUUCAGUAGCUUUCUUUUGCGUCGCUGGGACGGCUUUGCUCCCGUUUACGUUCCGUAUGCGAGUUAGUUGGGAGCUAUUUAUUCCUAAUAACAGUAUUUUAAGGAAGGACCGAGACAGGUUUUUCAAUAAAGUGUGAAUAUGGGCCGAUACAGAAGUCGGAGUCGCGACAGAGACAGGCGACGCAGAUCGCGCACACGCUCGCGGAGUAGGUCACCGCGAGACAGAAGGAGCUGGGGCAGCGGAGGCCGCGACCGGCCCUCCGGCAGUCGUAGCAGUCGCGGUCAACCCGGCGCGAAUUUGAGGAAACCGCGAUGGGAUCUCAGCCGACUGGAGCCGUUCAAGAAGGACUUUUACAUCCCUCACGACGCGGUCCAGAAUCGGGAUCUACGUAUCGUGGAACAGUACAGAGUUGAGAAGGAAAUCACGCUGAGAGGCAAGAAUAUACCUAAUCCUGUUUUCGAUUUUGACGAGGCAGGUUUUCCGGAUUACGUCCUGAAGGAGAUCAAGAGGCAAGGGUUCAGCGAACCGACGUCGAUCCAAGCUCAGGGAUGGCCUAUCGCGUUGAGCGGACGGGACAUGGUAGGCAUCGCGUCCACAGGAUCCGGGAAGACGUUGUCCUACAUAUUGCCCGCAAUAGUUCACAUCAAUAGCCAACCGAAAUUAAGCCGCAAGGACGGACCUAUUGCGUUAGUGUUGGCGCCUACGCGAGAACUCGCCCAACAGAUACAGCAAGUUGCCGAUGAUUUUGGGCAUUCGUCGGGCAUCAGGAACACGUGCUUGUACGGUGGGGCGCCGAAGGGCGCGCAAGCCAGAGAUCUGGAUGGUGGUGUAGAAAUAGUCAUUGCUACACCCGGUAGACUGUUAGACUUUCUCGAAUCCGGGAAGACGAAUCUGAAAAGAUGUACAUAUUUGGUGUUAGACGAGGCCGAUCGGAUGUUGGACAUGGGAUUUGAGCCACAGAUCAGAAAGAUUAUAGAGCAAAUUAGACCGGACAGGCAGACGUUAAUGUGGUCGGCCACGUGGCCUAAGGAAGUAAAGAAUUUGGCCGAGGACUUCCUUAAGGAUUACGCUCAGAUCAAUGUCGGUUCCUUGCAGCUCUCCGCGAAUCAUAAUAUAUUGCAAAUAAUUGAUGUGUGUCAGGAUUACGAGAAGGAGACGAAAUUAAGUACUCUCUUGAAGGAGAUAAUGGCGGAAAGCGAGAAUAAGACCAUAGUGUUUAUAGAGACGAAGCGUAGGGUGGACGAGAUAACGAGAAAAAUGAAGCGGGACGGAUGGCCGGCGGUUUGCAUUCACGGCGACAAGACGCAACAGGAACGAGAUUGGGUUUUGCAAGAUUUCAGAUCAGGCAAAGCGCCAAUUCUUGUUGCUACUGACGUUGCAGCGCGUGGUCUUGACGUUGAAGACGUCAAGUUUGUCAUCAAUUUUGACUACCCCUCCUGUUCCGAGGAUUAUGUCCAUCGUAUCGGUCGUACCGGCCGUCGACAGAAAACCGGUACAGCGUACACGUUCUUCACGCCUAACAACGCUAACAAGGCCAACGACCUAAUACAAGUAUUGAAGGAGGCGAAUCAGGUGAUCAAUCCGAAAUUGUUGGAGCUCGCGGAUGGUAAAGCUGGCGGAUAUGGUAGACACAGAGAUCUACAUCGACAGGUGGCAGAAAUCGGUGGCGGUCGCGCGGAGGCGGCGGCGGCGGUGGUGCAGGUGGUGGCGGCGGCGGCGGCGGUCGUAACGGAAAAGAGCGCAGCUACUCGCGAAGCAGAAGUCGAAGUCACAGCAGGGAGCGCAAUGGCCGUGGGAGCCGGCGAAGUUACAGCCGCAGCUACUCGCGAAGUCGUAGCCCUAUCAGCAAUCGUAACGGUAAAUCGCCAUACUACGCGAAGGACUAUUAAUGCCGCUUAAGAGCACAUACAUCCGUCGAUCGAUACUAACAACAAACCGUUUCUUCUCAGAGGUAAUCGGCAAAAGUUACUGGAGUAGCGAAAGAUGAUCUUCCAGUGGCGGGUAAAAAAAAAGUAAUUGCGUGUUACACGCGCGGCGCAGGUAAUUUUUUUUGUCGUUUUACAUCCGGCGUAAAGUGAAUGAAAGUGUGUUCAAAUGUGAGCGAAAUGACUACUCGAAGUACUUGCUUAGCACUCCGCGAGAGAUACAUCCAUCAUUUGCGAUAAAUAAUUAUUUAUGUCCAAUUUGCGGAAACUGUUGCGCUAAUGCGCGUUGCGUAUCACAUUAGAGACCCGUGCACAAGCCCAUAGAAAUUUUGAUAUUCUUAUUAUUAUAUCAUAAAACGAUAUUUAUAUGUAUGCAUAAUAAGGUAUUAGGUCUUGUGCAGAGGAGUCUUUAGUCUGUACCAACGCGCACUAAUGCAUUCUCUCGACGAACUCGUUUUUAGAUUUACACCACAAUAUGAUGAUAUUUUACUGAUGUGUUUACAUGAAUCUCCUAUGUCAGCUUCGAUAUAUUGAUUAUUACUAUCUUAUAUAAGACGGAUCUUUUUUACACCACGUGCUUGUAGGAAUACCAAGGUGUACUUGGAACACGUUUUAAAACAGCUAUUGCUCGUCACGAUAGACGAGUUCUACCGUACCUUUUACUUCCUCUUGCAUUUCUGUUGCAUCUGAUUUCUUCCUUACACUCGAGCGUCAUUAUCUCUCUCUCUCUCUCUUGAAAUACACCAAUUUAGAUUAGAUAAAUAAUACAAGUGCAACUCUCAACGCAAGCUACCGUUUAUAUGUUUUUUAUAACGCUACUCUUCAUGUACACACUACUCCAGUAGUAAAUACGAACAAAAUUGUGAUGUAAGCGAACCGGUAAAUCUAAUCAUUAUACGAAACUAAACUUCCACGGAACGUAGCGUAACUAGUAAUAUAUUUGUAGGUCGUAAUAAAUUAUAGAUGUCUAGAGCGCUUAUUUGUAAUUCAUUCGCAUUUAGACUGCAACAGAUAAAGUUCGAUGUACAGUAUUUCACCAAUGUGACAAAUAAAUUCGUAAUGUCUAUGCUA